AUGCCUCGACACCCUAUCGCAUUCUCCCUACCAACCCCCAUCCCCUCUUUACCUGUCACACCUCGCCCAGACCCGUCCCCACUCCAGCAAACCAUCUCCAACACCCUUUCUUCCACCGACUACGAUCUGGUAUCACUACCGCUUACUAACACAGCAUGGCAGGAUAGGUGGGAACGGCUCUGUCUUAGGCCAGUAGAGGAAGAUGAGGAUCUCAAACCUGAUCAAUUAGCAGAGCGAGACAGGGAGAGGGAGAAGGUCGACCUAGAGGCUGAUGUCUGGAGGAGAGAUGGUGGAUUGAAGAGAGAUGAAGUGAAUGUUAGUAGAUUAGAGGAAUCUCAGGCUGUCAUCACGACAGCUGCGGAAUGGUUGGAACUGGAUAGUCCAGAUGAAGGUAUAAGAUUUGAUUCGGAGAUUGCUCUUCGAUCAGAGAUGGCGCAAGCUCUAUACCUCUCUUUACCAGUCCUUAUCAUUCCUGCCCCAUCGUUGAUAAAUCGAGCGUUCUUACCUUCGUACGCACGAGCGAUAUCCAACCUAUUGCAAAUGGGGGGAUCAUCAGCUUUCACCCAAAUAUCAAUUCGUAUACCCAUCUCAGAUCCUGUCGAACUCAUCACUCAAGGUCCUGCUCCAUCCCUUCCUCAAAAUACCACUACCACACCUACAGGUAACAAACAUAAACGAAUUAGCAGUCUAUCGACUAGACCUACCUCGAUGCACCAGGCUCAAUUGAAUCAAAUGAUCAAUCAGGCCAAUAACCCAAAUUCAACCAGUAAUCCCCAGAAUCUCAGGAUAGCCUCAGGUGCCAGUUCGACCAUGUCCACCAAGAGUUCAGCAGCUAUAACGGGCGAUCCAAGCUCGACUUGGGAAAUGUGGGAUUGUAUUAGGACACUGUGCGGAUAUCAUCCCAGGUUAUCAGUCACUCUAGACCUUACGAAUCCCCUGCCGCCGAGCGUAGGAGCAUUGGCCAGAUGGACAGCCGAACCAGUCAAAUAUAUCUGGUUACCUGCCGGAUCUUUCAUUCCUAAUGCUAAAGGGUAUCCUGUAUUGAGCAAAGCUUGUCAAGCGUUCUUGAGGGGUAUGAGCAAACAAAACCCAACAUACGUCUUACAUGGUACGACCAUGCAGAAACACACAGCUGGCGGACCCAACGCAUAUCUCCAAUACGUUCGACAUAUCACUUCUCAACCUCCUGCUCCUAAUGGCUUGCCGCCCUCAGCGGACGAGUUCACAUCGGGAUAUGCGGACUAUCUUCAAGCUCCCUUACAACCCCUCAUGGAUGAUCUAGGUAGCGCGACCUAUGAUAUCUUCGAGAGAGAUCCGGUCAAGUAUAGGCAGUAUGAGGAAGCUAUCACUUUGGCUUUGAGUGAUUUGCCGGCGGGUCAAACUCACGUCGUGACAGUCGUCGGAGCAGGCAGAGGUCCACUCGUCGCAUGUACAUUACGAGCGCUAUCUCGGGCAGAUAGACAAGCCAAUGUCUACGCAGUGGAAAAGAACCCCAACGCAUUCAUCACGCUGCAAGAGCGCAAAGCUAUCGAAUGGGGAGAUCAAGUUGAGAUCUUCUUUGGCGAUAUGAGAAAUGUCGAUGUCCCGGAAAAAUGCGAUAUAAUGGUUUCUGAAUUAUUGGGAUCUUUCGGUGACAAUGAAUUGAGUCCUGAAUGUUUAGAUGGUGCUAUGAGAUUUUUGAAACCUACCGGUAUCUCCAUCCCCACUUCUUAUACAGCCCAUGUCGCACCUAUAUCGUCGUCAAAGCUCUUCCAUGACGUCCACCAACCGUCCCGUCCAGCUGGCGCAACCGAAACUCCAUAUGUGGUCAUGAUGUCCCAAGUUAAUCUGAUCUCUGGGGACGGAGGUGGUGUAUCUGGAAGAUGUGGAGAGAAAGUACAGCAGUGUUGGCAGUUUGAACAUCCUAGAAGGGAUCUGAUAUUGGACUCAAGCGGAUCCCCUCUGACCAAUACGCACAACACGCGAUCAUCCCGACACAUCUUCCACAUCCCUCACGCAGCUACAUUACACGGUCUAGCGGGUUAUUUCGAAGCCCAUCUGUACUCUAAUGUGGGAUUAUCCAUUCAUCCAGAUAACGCCCAUCGAGUUUCACCCGAUAUGUUCUCCUGGUUCCCUUUAUAUUUCCCUCUCAAGGAAGCUCUAUAUCUACCCUCGGGAUCGGAGCUAGAAGUGAACCUAUGGAGGUUAUGCGAUUCGAGAGGAAGGAAAAUAUGGUACGAAUGGUCGGUCGAAUCGUACCUGUCCGUAUCGCAGAAUAUACCUACCUCGGCUGGUCUGACACCCAAUGGCUCAAGACACGUUUCUUCCUCUGGUGGAUUAGGUGGACAACCGUCCCCAUUGAUGGACGCUCCCUUCUCACCUGGAUUUAGCAGUUCGAAUAACGCCUCAACACAUAUAGGAGAGUUGAACAGGAUCAAAAUUGGUCAGACGAGUUUACAUAAUCCUGCGGGUGUGCAUUCGUGGGUCGGGCUAUAG